AUGGUGGCGGCAUGGGGGGGCUACAUCUUCGUGCUCAACAUGAUCGGGGUCCACGCCGUAAUGCUGGUGCUGCUGGGCCGCUUCACCAGUGGUGCCCACAAGGCAUAUUCGCUUUUCUACAUCAUCGGCACGGCUGGUGCCGUUCAAAUCCCAGUGGUAGGAUGGCAGCCUUUGCGGUCGCUUGAGCAGAUGGGUCCACUGCUGGUCUUUGUCGGCUACCAGGUCCUGGCAUUUUGCGAUUACCAGCGUCAUCGAAAAAAGAUGGACACCUGGGCCUUCGUCAAAUACCGCAUCCUGAUGUGUGUUCUGACCGGCCUGGCUCUCGUUGCCGUAGCAGUGAUGCUCUACCCCACCGGUUACUUCGGCCCACUCUCUUCCAGAAUUAGAGGUCUUUUCGUGAAGCACACCAAGACCGGCAACCCGCUUGUGGACUCUGUGGCCGAGCACCAGCCUGCGAACCCCAAGAUCUAUGCUUCGCACUUGGGACUUCCGUUGAACUACGUCCUUUUCGGUGGACUUGUUUCCGCCUUCAACCGAAACAACGGCUUUUACUUCCUUUGCCUCUAUGGCUUCAUUCUUCGGUCGCUUCGGUCAGGCGUUUCGCUACCUGCCGCCAUGGAUUCGGUUCUGUCAGUCUUUCGCGAAGCGGACGUAGAGAAGCUGCCCAGAAGAAGGGUCCUGCAGCUCCUGCAGAUGAUGGGAGCGGAGAAGUUGGAGACUUUUGAACAGCUGCUGGACGCUUACGCAGACGGCAAAGCCAGUCCCGCAGAGAGCGAAGAUAUUCGGCUCCCACAUUUCUUGGCGUGGCUCCAAGAUCCCUUCAGCAGUGAUGCGACUCAAGAGGACCCGAUCGCCGCUGAGCGAAACGUCGUGGACGCAUUAGCACACCGAGGAGUCACUCUCCGCAGCCUUCUGGCCUUUAUGCGCCGCUUACCGGAUGCUAUGCCUCACUAUGAUCUGGAUACCACCAGGACCGUUGAUGUUGUUUGGCAAGUCAUCAUUCCAGAGACUGCAGAGAAUGGCUGCUCGUAUGCAGACUUAUUCCAAAGCAGCGAGAAGCGCUUGCCGGACAAGAUGGUGUCGCAUAACUGGGGGAAUUUGUUCUCGCAUUUGAUGGCAGCGCUGUUUGCCGAUGCAUCCGGCAAGACGAGCUUCCGAACGAUGCUUUCAUGGAUGCGAUUGGGUUCCCCAGGCUGGGACCUCAUCGAGGCUGAAGUUCAGGAUGCGGGGCAGUUGGACUCCAGCCGUUGGCUCUGCAUCUUUGCGGUGAAUCAGCAUGUUUCCAUCUGUGACAAGACCUGGGGUGGCAGGGAUUCGGUCAGUGGCCGGCCGUAUAUACCGUGUGGAUGCAGGAAGGAGAAAGUCCACUCUGGCAUUUUCUGCGAGAUGAACAAGUUCGAUGCGAUGAUCGCACUUUUCCAGGAGCGGCAUCCACGCUACGAACAUGUGGUGGCUGUAGAUGACGGCCUCUGCCUUCUGACUCGAAUUUGGGUCAUUGCCGAGAUCGCCGAGGUCUUCCGGAACCGACUACCCUGCAAAGUAGUCCUGCCGGAGCCGCGUGGCAAUGAACUCCUGCGCCACGUCAAGGCGAUGGACGUCCGGGAUGCCCAGGCAAGUCGCCCGGAAGACAUUCACAUGAUCCUUGAAAAAAUAGUGGACAAGACAGACUUCAACGAGCGCACCAGAUCAGCGCUCAUGAAGGUGGCCUACCUUGCAAGCCUAGAGCUGCGAGUUGAGAUGCGAUACCAAUUGCGCGGCAUCUCCUCGCAGCAGGCAGAGGCUGAGUUCAUGAGGCAAGUGGAGAUGACCCGCCAGAAGUUGAAGGAGGCGACCAGCUUUGACGAGGUCCAGCAGGCUUAUGGGGAUUUUGAGAAGCAAAACGAUCAGUUUGCCACAGACGAGGACCAGACAAAAAUCCUUCACUUCUGUGAUUUGCUGCAGAAUGUCGACCUGAUGCAGCCUGAGCUUUUCAUCCGUACCUACCGCGAAGCCGCCAUUCCGGAGUCUGGCUUCAGGCUGGGAAUGACCGAUGAAGAGGUCCUGCAGGUGUUCUGGGCAAUGCGGGCAUCAGUGCGGAGCAUGCAUCAGCUGCCGCAUGUGUACGUUAAUGGUCCUGCAGUCCUGGCAGCUUUGGCAAAGUUAAAGCAGCCACAGGCAUCCGUUAUCUGCGUCACUUGCACAAACCAGUCAGAACACGUUGUCUUCGGCAUGGGGAAGCGUGUCCAGAUGACGGAGCCCAACUUGGCGACGCACAUGGUCACCUUGGUCCACUGCAGCACAGAGGAGGGUGCUUGCGGAGUCACCAUUUAUCGGGGCUUCGAUGAGACGCUUGGCCUGCUAAGCUUUCAUUCGCAGUCUCACAGGCCUUCUCUUUCGUACGAAGGCCCCUUUACAGGAGAGGCUGUUGCCAGCUUCGUGGUGGAAGAGGCCCUUCCGCUCUUCGGUGUACUUCACGAGGCGAACCGCGUGCAUUAUCUCGUCAAGGCAAAGGCUGGGCUUCUGACUGUUUGGCUUGGCCCCUGUGGGGAGCUGCAAAACAACAGCGUGCUGGUUGCAUCAGCUGCGAUCAAGCAGUUUGCCGCUCGUUUCCGUGACAUCCCCUGCUGCCUUCUAAAUUCAGCUUUUCUGGAUGCAGAUGUGCUGGGCCGAUUUCUGCGCACAAAUGACACUCGUCGUGAUGAAACGGAUGGUGAUGGUGAGAACGGAUUGCCGACGCCUGUCGCGGUGCUCUUCUUGGGCCAGCUGUCUGGCAGGAAAGGCUGCAGUGGAAAACUGACGUCGGAAGCCCUGAAACGCUUCGUUUGCCCAGUUCAGCUUCCGCUGAGAAGCGCAGACAGACUGCAGGCAUUCGUCGAAGGCGCCCUGGCCGGUGCGUUAACAGGUGAGGACAUCUCUUCCGCAACACCCUUGUUGGGCGAAACCUUCACCAAGAAGCUGGAUCGAGGCGUCCCACUUCUCUGGGAAGAUGUCGCGACUGGUGCUGAUCUGUGGCCCGAUCGAAUAUGGUGCGGCUUCCUUCUGGACAUGAUCGUAGAACCGUUUUUGCUGCUGCUGGGCAAGAAGGGUUACGGACCCCCUGCUUCUGCAGUGGACGACACACCGAAGUCCGGCAAAGGAAAGGCAGAGAAAGACAAGGGAGACAAGUCAGGAAAGGACAAGGAUACAAAGAAGAAGAGGAGUCUCAAAGAGCAAGUCCCUGAGCUGGAAGAGCAUGAAGAGGAGGUGCGCCCUGGUGGCGCAAUGCAGCUGAAGCGCAUGUUCAAAGGCUACUGCUGGAAGAUGCUUCCCGAAAAUUCUGUGGAGGAUGUCCGAGCUGCCCGCUAUGUGUUUGACAACAAACCGCUCCUGCUCUUGGUCCGAGCUGCGGUCUCUAUCGGGUUUGUUGGGUAUAUGCUGACCAUGAGCGAGCUCCGAUCAGAAAUUCCAGACUUUGUGGAUCGAUGCAAAGCCAUUGGAGAACAGGUUGCGAGCCCCACGGUCAUGUAUGCCGUCAGGCAGAAGGAUGGCAGCAAUUACAUUGUGGAUGAUUAUUACAAGGGCUACAAGUGGCUCGAGAAAAACACCGCGGAAGAUGCCCGAGUCAUGGCCUGGUGGGACUACGGCUACCAGAUCACCGGCAUUGGAAACAGGACUUCCAUUGCCGACGGAAACACUUGGAACCAUGAGCACAUAGCGACGCUCGGGCGAACACUCACGAGUGAGGUGAAGCGGGCGCACAAUGCAAUUCGGCACUUGGCCGACUAUGUUCUUGUUUGGGGCGGCGGGCAGCGAGAUGAUCUGGGCAAAUCGCCUCACCUCGCAAGGAUCGGCAACUCAGUUUUCCCAGACCAUUGCGGUGAUGACGAUCCGAAGUGCACAAAAUUCGGCUUCUAUGCCGACCGGUCACCGACGCCAAUGAUGGAGAAGUCGCUGUUGUACAAGCUGGUGGAGCACAACAACAAAAAGGGUGUGCGAGUCAACGAGCGCUACUUCAAGCAUGUGCACACCACCAAGCAUGGCCUCAUGCGAAUCUAUGAGGUGCAGAACGUCUCCCAGGAAAGCAAGGACUGGAUAGCAGAUCCGAAAAAUCGCGUCUGUGACGCCCCUGGGAGCUGGUACUGCGUCGGCCAGUACCCCCCUGCCUUGAGCAAACUGAUAGCGAAAAGGCGAAACUUCGCGCAGAUUGAGGACUUCAACCGAAAGGGCGAGAAAAGCGCCUACACUCGUCUCAUUGAGAAAGAGAAGGGCGAGCUGUGA